AUAGGAGUACCUCAUGCGAGGAAGCUGAAGACAUGGCGCUGAGCUUAGGACGUGCUGCUUACAGAAGAGAAUCUGUGCUGGGGAUAAGUCAUCUACUUUUGUCUGUGGUUCCCUGGUGUCGGUCUGGCCAGCGUUCCCACCACACUCCUGGCACCUCUCUGAAGUACAUACCACGCCGCGCCGUGCUCUACGUUCCCGGCAACGACGAGAGAAAACUGCAGAAACUGACUUCACUGGACGUGGACUGCGCUGUUCUCGACUGUGAAGAUGGAGUCGCCCUUAACAAGAAGGAGGAAGCUCGGAAAACCAUCCCAAAGAUGCUGGCUGAUCUGGAUCUGGGGCGUACGGAGAAGUGUGUACGGUUGAACUCUGUGUCUAGCGGCCUGGCCGAAGCCGACAUGGAGGUUAUUCUACAGGCGGACGUGCUGCCCACAGCUCUCAUGCUGCCAAAGGUGGAGAACACAGGAGAGGUGCAGUGGUUUGUUGACAGGUUUCAGCGGUACUUAAAAGGCAGACAGCUUGAGGAACCCAUCCGCUUGGUCACCUUUGUGGAAACUGCUUUGGGUCUGCUGAAUUUUAAGGCAGUGUGUGAAGCACUUCGAGAUCUUGGGCCAAAGGCAGGUCUUCAUCAUGACGGAGUUGUCUUUGGGUCAGAUGACUUUUGUGCCAGCAUAGGAGCCACACGCACUAAAGACGCUAAAGAACUCCUGUACGCUCGGCAGAAAGUGGUGGUCACCACCAAAGCGUUCGGUCUCCAGGCGAUCGACCUUGUUUACAUCGACUACCAGGAUGUGGAAGGACUGAGGCAGCAGGCCAGAGAGGGCGCACUCAUGGGCUUCACUGGAAAACAAGUGAUUCACCCCAACCAGAUCAAGGCCGUUCAAGAGGAAUUUGCCCCCAGUCCAGAGAGAAUCAAGUGGGCCACGGAGCUGAUCGCUGCAUUCGAGGAGCAUCAGAAUUUGGGAAAGGGGGCUUUCACCUUUCAUGGCAGUAUGAUUGACAUGCCAUCUCUGAAGCAGGCUCAGAACAUUGUCACAAUGGCUUCAACUGUUCAGGGAAAAUGAGCCAAAUCUGGGUUCCUCAGACAUCAAACUCUGCACCAUGCUGGCGGUGCCGCGCACUUCACGUCAACAGCUAAAAUGAUCUGUGCAUUGUUUAACCAGUAACAGAGAUGAUGUGCUAUGUGAUGCUUAAUUAGUAAUUGAUUGAUUAUUUUGUCUUCUGCAAUUCCUGGUGCAUGACCAUUUUAUGCAUUAUUUUGCGUUUGUGUGUAUCAUGUUCGCCCCUUGCACGUCUCUUGUCAGGGUAGACGAUUGACCGUGGUAAAGGUUGUGCGUGCCCUGCGAAAGGGCAAACAAACAGAGCUGCCCUGCCAUUGAGCUUCCAUUCAGCCUGAAGGCUCCUCCAGGCCCCGGAACAUCAAAGCGCUAUUUGCCAAGAAGCCGCCAUGAAUUUACUAAAACCAACAUCGAGAGAAUGAGCCCGCUCUAAAUUGUAGGCCUUUGUUUCAGGGGGACUCAGCAAGUCAUUUUGUUCUUCAAGACAAGGCUUGAAUGUGUCUGCAGCCUGGCGUAAGCUCUACGCAGCGUGCCACACGCUCGCUCGCUAGCAAACACGUACACAAAGAGCUCCGCAAGGAAUCAAUCUAUGUAAAUAUCAGCGGUUUUCUAUGGAUGUGUUAACCGGUCAGUGGUUCCCAUCUCUCCAUCCAGCUUCGGAGUCACCAUGAACAUGGCCACGAUGUGCCGCCGUUGUCUGUUUCACCAGUGUUCCUCACACUCACUUUGACAAGAACGCCUCUUUUGAAAUAAAACUUUAGGAUGUCAUUCCCAAUGAAUGACCAUCCUUUCCACCCUUGA